AAUUUUCUAAUGUAAUACUUACUUACACUUCUUUUAUUCUCUUUAGUCCUAGGAUAAUAAGUGCCAGAGGAGAAUGGAGUUUUAAUAUUGAGUGACUAAAACUUUGAAUAUGUUUUGAAAAAAUAUGAAUUUGUCUUAGUGGAUUUCUAUGCACAAUGGUGUGGACAUUGGUAUAAAUCAAAAAUAUAAUUUAGUCAUCAUUUAGCUCCAAUAUUUGCUUCAUCUGCAAGACAAGUAAGAAAUCAGAAUGUUUAAUUUGCUAAAGUAAUAAACUUGAUAAAUUUAAGAUCAAUUGUCCUUAAUAUGAGCAUUUGUGUAGAAAAUAUUAAGUUACUGGAUUCCCUACCUUAAAAUUAUUUGCGGAUGGAUAAUUAUAGAUGGAAUAUCCAGGUGAAAGAACAGAAAAAGCUAUUGUGGAUUGGAUGAGAAAGAAAACAAGUAAACAUUUUAUUUAUGAGUAUUUGCUUAGAUAAGGGAUCUAUUGAAGCUAAAUCAUUAGACUAAUUAAAGAAGAUCUCAGAAUCUCCAAAUUUAGUCAUGGUAUUCUUUGGUGAAUAGAAAGAAUCUUAUGAAUUUAUGUAAUACUUUUCAUUCUCACAGUAAUCUAAAUUUAUUAUGUUUUUAGAAAGAAUAAACAUAUCCCAGCUAUGCACACAUUUAAUUAAAAUUUUGCUAAUGAAAUGAGAGCUCAAGUACCCAGUAUCGUUAUUUAUAAACCAUAUGAUGAAAGAAAGGCUGCAAUUUAUGAUAAUUUUGAGAUUUCUUUCAUAGAGCAAUUCAUCAAAAAGCAUUCUUAUCCAGUCUUGAUGAAUUUCGAUAUAUAAGUAAAGAAUAAAGAAAUAAAUUAUUAGACAGCAAAAAGAAUAUUUAAAGGGGAUUAACCAACACUUUUCUUAUUAUAAAAUUCAUAAACAAAUUAAGCAGAAAAGCAUUUAAGAUUAGCUUUAUCUAAAAUCAAAGAUUAAAUUUUAAUUUGCAUUGCUAAUACAGAUAACAAAUAUGGACUGAGAUUGAUGUAAUAUUUUGGCAUUUAAAAUGGUAAAAAAUAGUUAUUAUAGUUUAGAUUAUCUCCCUUAAAUUGUGGCAUUUAAUCCAAUUUCUGAGUCUUUUAAUUUAUUGAGUGAAAUCACAAAAGAUGGAAUCAUUAAUUUUACAUAAUAAUUCCUAGGUCUCCAUUAGAAUACAUAAAAAUAAGACUUAUGA